AUGGCCUCGCUGACCAAAGAAGGGUGUGGUCCUCCAGCAUUUCGGGGGUUGUGCGAGGGGCUGACAACCCCUCCACAUAAAAAAUCUAAUGUUACGAAACUGACAACAAAUAAAAAGAGACCCGGACCCAAUUACGACAACCAAUGGCGUGGAAUAACGGAUAGCCGAUUUGCCUCGUGGAAUGUAAGGAGCCUCUACCGACCUGGUGCCAUAUACCAACUGUUGACAGAACUUAAGCGAUAUCAUAUUACCAUAGCUGCGUUGCAGGAGGUUAGAUGGCCUGGAAACGGGGAAUGUGCUCUGGAUGACGGAUUUAUGCUAUUUUAUAGUGGCAACUUAGACGGAAAACAUAUUAAUGGAACUGGAUUUAUGGUAGCUAAUAAAAACGUCUCAAGUGUCCUUCGGUUUGAUGCAAUUUCUGAGAGAAUAUGUGUACUAAGAUUGAAAGGAAAAUUUUCCAAUAUAACCAUCAUUAACGCUUAUGCUCCAACUGAACUGGCUGAUGAGGAGACCAAAGAUAGUUUCUAUGACGACCUUGAAAAUGUGUAUGAACAAGCACCUCAAUACGACGUUAAGAUACUUUUAGGUGAUUUUAAUGCCAAAGUCGGGAAAGAAGAGGUAUUUAUGCCAGCAAUAGGUAGACACAGUAAGCAUGAUCGAUCAAACGACAACGGUAUUAGACUAAUUAGUUUCGCCUCCUCAAAAAAUAUGGUCAUCAUGAGCACUGUGUUUCCUCAUAAAAACAUACACAAGGGAACGUGGAAGUCACCUGACGGCCAAACAGUUAAUCAGAUAGAUCAUGUUCUCGUGGAUAGUAGACAUAAAAACAGCAUUAAAGAUGUUAAACUUCUAGAGGUGCUGAUUGCGACAGCGAUCACUAUAUGCUGA